AUGUAUGUUUUUGAGGUCCUGUUGCGGAGGACAUGUUCCACUGGCAAGCAACAAUUAUGGGUCCUGCGGACAGUCCUUAUGCUGGCGGCGUUUUUCUGGUUACCAUCCAUUUUCCUCCGGAUUAUCCAUUCAAGCCACCCAAGGUAUCCCAUUCACUCUAGUUCAAGCCACCUAAGGUCCUAUAGGUGAAUGAAGAGCUAUUUUUAGGCCAUUCUACACCCAAUAUCUAUUAACAAGAAUGGAUGUUUAUAUUUUGAAUGGACGUAAGUUUCACCUGAAAUAAUAUAAGCUUCCCCUGAAAUAAUAUAAGCUUUCUUUAUCACUACUUCAAUAUAAAUUAUUGUUCUAGUCCACUAAUCCUCCUCCAUGCGUAUUCUGACAUCUAUAGUCAGGAAAUUAUACUCCACAGCUUGGGAUGAACAUGAGGUUAAUUCACUUUUGUGUGUUGGACAAGAAAUGAACUAACGGAUGUCUUCAUUUUUUUUUUGUUUGGAUGUUUUCAUGGUUAAUUUAAUUUAUUUUUGCUUUUGACAUUCCAUGUUUCAAUAUUUCUUAGGCUUUCUAGUGUUGAUAAUCAAAACUCAUCAUUUCUCACGCAUUCAUGUGGACGAAACUUGCAGGUGGCAUUCAGAACAAAGGUCUUUCAC